AAACGAUUGAGUAAUCAAUGCAUGCUGUAUGACACUCUUGCAUGGUACCUAGUUACUCGUUGUCAUUACAGCUUAUCAAAAUGGAUUAUUCUAUGUUUAUAAGGAAACAGAUUAGACGGAAUAUGGCUUAGUAUGAUACCUAUAAUACCUUUGCUUGCGAUCGACGGUACUGCAUAUAUCAUCUUGGUUCCUUUUCUAUAACACAUCCUAAUACAUCAUUUCAAAUUGGUUCAAGUGUAUCCGUUACUAGACACAUGUUCGCAGUGAUUUAUUUUAAUCAUUAAGUCCCUGUGUUAACUUCGAGAGGCACGGGGCUAGAUGCAGCAUUUGAAACCUGUCUUCAGCCUACCUACACCGGCUUAUAAUAGAAUAUUUCUCGGGGCUAAACUAUGGUGUGCAGAAUGCAUCAACUUCAUUGGACAUAGCCAUACCAACAUGCAUAAUCUAGCAACUAACAGACAACACGAUUGGUGAUCAGUGUAACUAUAUUUUGUGCGAACACGGUCAUCCUAAGUAAAAUUGGUGACGGGAUUUGAGCCCGUUUUGGAACUGCUCAUUGUACUGUUAAUAGUCUGCUGUGGAAUCUCAAAGGUCAUGGGAUAAUGCAGGGUAUAUUCUUUGUGCCGAUACAUUCAAGUGUGGGUGUAUAACGGAUUCCGAGGAUUCCGAGUUUCGUGCUUUACAAAGGCGACAAGAUGUUUCUUUUCCGCUGGUGUUGUCAGUGGAAGAAGGAUAAUGAGUUAGAAGACAUGGACCUGAGUGCUGCAAGGUACAAACCAGAGGGUCUGGAUGAAUUAUGCAAAACAACAAAGUUUAACAAACAAGAACUUCAGGUUAUGUACAGAGGUUUCAAAGCAGAAUGUCCUACAGGAGUUGUGAAUGAAGAGACCUUCAAGUCCAUAUAUUCCCAGUUUUUUCCACAAGGAGAUUCUAGUCAAUAUGCACACUAUGUAUUUAAUUCCUUUGACAUGGAUCACAAUGGAACAAUAACGUUUGAGGAGUUUGUGGCCGGGCUGUCGGUGCUCUCGAGGGGUACGGUUGUUGAGAAAUUGAAUUGGGCUUUCAUGUUAUAUGACAUAAAUGGAGAUGGAUCAAUAACAAAAGAUGAGAUGCUUGAUAUCGUCACAUCCAUCUAUGACAUGAUGGGAAAAUAUUCACAACCAAGCAUUGAUGAAAUCUCUCCAAAGGAUCAUGUGGAUAAAAUAUUUCGAAAAUUGGACUUGAAUCGAGAUGGAGUUGUCACAAUAGAUGAAUUUUUGGAGUCAUGUAGACAGGAUGAAACAAUCUCUCUAUCGAUGCACGUGUUUGACACCAUACUGUGACCUCGAAAUACCAGUGGAGAGCAAAGUC